AAUCAACAUGUACAGUAUAUCCCGAUUUUAUAUUAUAUACUGUGUUUACUUCAAUGAAAUUAUUAAUUAAAUGGAAAUUGCAAGAAUAUCAGAGAUAACUUACAAUGAAUUUGUGGAGAACUAUUUGUCAAAAAAUUUGCCAUGUUUGUUGGAUGAAAGAUUCACAAGAAAUUGGAAGAGCAGACAGCAAUGGAUCUGUAGUGGAAAACCAUGUUUUGAAUUCUUGAGCAAAUCAUUUGGUAUGCGUAUUGGAGUCAUCCAUUUCAUUGCAAAAUUUUGUGAAAAUCAUACCUUAUUUCCCCACUCCCCCGGCUUGUAUAUAAAUAUACAAAUUUAUAAUGCAGUUAAAUGCAAUUUAACCCUUUAGGCUACUAUUUGUUGCAUAUUUACAUCCCCUGCCUGCAUGACUUUUCAGGCAGCCACCUCAAUGGCCAUUAUUAGCAUUUUCAACCAUUAUAAUACAAAGGAGAGCACUACAACUUUCACUAACCAAUUUUACACAUUCAUGUGCAAAAUACCAUUUCUUCAAUCCUGUCUUAGGCACUGUUUAUAUUGUCUCGGGUACUAGGGACACCUACCCCCCCCCCCCCUCGUCUCGGCUGGUAGGGUCACCCUGGCGGUAGGCCAACACCCUGUUUAAAGAUGCUGUACAGUCCGAUCUGUGCAUGUGCACAAAGGAGCCCUCUUUUUAUUUUCAAACAUUUAUUUUAGGUUUUUAUUUUAUUUUAUGUUCUUGCAAAGCUUGAUUGUUGUCUCUUGAUAAUAUAUUAUACUCUAGAAUCAUGAAAAUAUAAAUAGUUGUCGAAUAAAAUUCAAUAUUUUGGAUACCGAAAUGUAAACAAAGCAUUUGUUUACAUACGGACUGUACCGCAUCUUUAACAAGCAGUGUUACCCUUGUAGGAGGGACAACUUUUUUUCAUGUAAACAGUUUGUUUCGGCCUCCAUGGAUGACUUUUCAUUCGAAUACCUGCAUGUUUCAGGAGUCACUAUAAUGUUGUACUUAGAGUCAUUCUUGUGGGUGUCCAGUAAGGUAGUAUUCUUUGUUUAUAAGAGGGGAUACAGUGUCAGGGCUAUAAUUGUUUCUCAUAUAAACGUACAGUAAAGUUGUCUUGGGGGUAGGGUGUCCGUAGUACCCGUGGCCAUAUAAACAGCACCUUAGGCACUAUUCGAAUUUGAAAUAGCCUCACAUUAUAUUGCUUUACAUUUUAAUGUAUAUUGUACAAGAAAUCAAUGAAAAUUUUUUAAAAACAGAAAAUUGUAGCAGCAUGCACAAAGGCGACACUCUAGAUAUUCGCUACAGGCUCCUCCACAGGCAUUUUGUUAUUAAUAAUGGCAUAAUGGUAAUGGCUGCCCGCCUACAUCAACUUUGGGCCUUUGGGGACAGCUGAUCUGCUCUGGAUGAGAAACUAAGGGGCUGAUUACAUGGGCGAGUUGUCCCGGCUGUCUAUUAUUUUGACAUUUCGAUUACAUGCAAAUCAAUUUAUCCCGCUUUGCCGGGACUGCGGCUGUAGCUUGCCGAGUCAACUCGCUUAGCCGUGACAGAAAUUGCCCACACAUCCCAUGUAAUCGCUUUUUGCCGAGUUGGCUCGACAAAGCGGGCUGAAAACCACACUUAUGCAUGUUUUAAUUUCGAUUAUACUGUAUGUACAAAUAUAAGUUAAAAAAACUUCAAAUAACAUCAAAAUGAUAUUAAUGAACGUUUUCAAGGUUUAGAUAGGAAGCGACACAAUUUUGUUAGAAUACAAACAGUAUAAGCCUGUUGGGAUCAGUGCUAAGUAUAAAUACCUCAACCAACAACAUUCAAUGGGUAAAGUAGUCCUCAAAUACAACAAAUACACCAUUUUUAAUCAAUUUCUAACACCAAGUAUUAAAUUGUUAAGCAUUACAAAUCUUAAUGAGCUACUUCAGCCCGGCUAGCCGGGUUAGCGUGGUGCAUGCAAUGUAAUCGCAAUUCAAAAGUCAACUUGCUUAGCCGGGACAACUCGGCAAAGCGGGACAACUCGGCCCAUGUAAUCAGCCCCUAAUUUGCAACAAAUAGUGGCCUUUAGCUGCAAUGCACCCAAAUGCACCCUAUUUUACUAUCUUACUCUGUCUAUGGACAAUUUUACUCAUUGAUCAAUAGGGAUGCACUGGAAUUCAGUUGACCUGUUAUUUGGUUAGUAAUUCCUACCAGAACCCCUACUAUUAGGACAUACACCAUGGAAGCAUCUCAAAAGUGGGGGGCAUCAGUGGCGUGCUGGGGGGGGGCAGUGGGCUAUCAACCAUAUGCACCCCUAUAAAUAAUGUAACACUUGAUAAGCGAGGGCCGAUCAGGCACACAGUUGCGAGGUUUGUCUAGGGUGGUUCGGGGGCAUGCCCCCACAGAAAAUUUUUGAAAUUAAAGUCUCUGAAAUGCCAUUUCCUGGUCUUUGGGAGAAGAUUUGACAGAAAUCUGAUGAUCUGAAAACAGCAUUAUAACGUGUUGAAAUUUUUAAUUUGGUUAGAAUUUAGUAGUAGUACUUAAAAUUGGGAAAUGCUAACAAAUUCCAGCUAUUAGUCUAAUCCCAAUUCUAUUCUCUACUGAUUAGUGAUAUGAAUACAUUUACAACUUACAGCUCUUUUAUACAAUAAUACACAGACCUCAUCCCACGCAUAUGCAUUUUAAGGUUUCCUUGCUUGGCUGCCAAAAGCGCAUGUUUCAGCAUAAUAUCUUAUUACUUACAUUACUCAUGAGUCAUGAUGUUUCUUGCACAAACAACUAAAUUGCAUACACAACUUCACAUUUUAUUUAUCAUAACUAUCUAAUUUACCCCGCUCUCGUGAUUCGUGAGGCAUAAUAAAUUGCAUAAUAUAAGGGCAUAAUACCAGCAUUGCACAAUACCAGCACCCACAUUGCAUGUGAUCACUGAUCAUGGUUCUAUAUGAACGAUUUCGUGCUAGCCGUGAGGUAGCAAAUUAGCAAAUACGGUUAAACAAAAUAGUUUGUAAUUUAAUACACUGUAUAUCACUUUGUCACCUAUGCGCUUUGUCUGUUUAUAAGCCUAUAUUAAACACAUCUUUUCUUGAUGCGGAAGUAACUAUAUUUUUUCAAAUGCGUUUUUUCCCAACCACUUUCAAAAUUCAGCGCGGAUCGGCGCCCCCUUUUCAUUUUUGCGCCCCCCAAAAAUUGCCAGCUGGGGGGUCGCGGCCCCCCGGCCCUCCCUGCCAGCACACCACUGGGGGCAUUGACCAAAAAGGGUACUCCAGGAGAUCCACCCUGAAAUGUGAAUGUCAGGUUCCUAGCUGACCUUGCAUGAUCAAGGGGUCCAGGGGAUGCUCCCCUGGGAAACUUUUGAACCUUGGAAAUGCCAUUUUCAGCAUUCUGAGCAUCAGAUUUCUUCCUGAAAUGAGUCCUCGACGAACCUGUAUUUCAGACAAAAGUAUCAAAAAACACAAAAAGCAAAAAGCAAAUGGGGAGCAGUGUAUGUUAAAGUCAAGAUAAAUUUAAACUUUCCGAUCGUCUAGGGUUAUGACCAAUCUUAUGCUUACUAACAUUUAGCAAUCUUUAUUUAACAUCUUUUGAAAUUAUACUGCAGUAGAGCACAUUUUAUAAUCCAAAAAGGGCACUAUCAUUUAAGAAAAGGGCGCAUCUUUCUGUCCCCAUUCUGCAGCCUUUGUUUUAGAGUUGCAGUUUAAAUUCAGCCAGAACUGCAUGUUCAAAGAAGAAUGGCUAGAACAGGAACACUGUCUUCAUUACAAAAAGAUUUACAGUCAGGCCUUACAAUAUCGUUCACAGGGCCAUCUGACAAAAUGUCCGAUGACUGUGAGUUUGGGUCGGACACAUGUACAGUAUGAUUGAUGUCCGAUGACCUUCAGUUCAUUUUGGCUCCGAAAUAAGUAAUUUAUCCGACAAUGAAAACAUAAACUUAAAGAUGCCAAACUUUUUGUGGCAGGGCAACUUAAGUUGCCCAAUCGGGCAAGCAAGAUAUUAAACGUUUACUUGCCCGUCAUGAUAUUCACUUGCCCCAGGCAAGCGGGCAAGUGUUAAGUUACAGCUCUGCCAGUCAUGAAAGCUAUGAUCGGACAAAAGGUAAAAUUUGGUCGGACAAUGUCCGAUGACCGGCAUUAAUUUAAUUUAAUUUGCUGGCCUGAUGGGUGGUACUUGUAUGCAUGUUUUUACCGUGUAUCAAAUCCCCAGAUUCAACAGUUCUGUAUUUACUACAGGUGAAGCAACAGUACCAGUUGCUGACUGCAACCAAGUACAGUUCCAGUCUCAUCCAAAACAUUCAAUGUUAUUCAAAGACUUCAUAGAAUAUUGGAAAGAGAAGAAUAAUGGGACUUUAGAAGGUGCAUAUAUUAUUAAUGAUUUUGCUUUCUAAAUGAGUUGCAGGAUCUUUGCAAUAUGGUUAUACAGUAUGCUUUUACUAUUUGACAGGCAUUAAAUGUUGGUACCUAAAAGACUGGCACUUUUGUAAGUAAGUCUGGUUUUAUUAUUUUCCGAAAUGAAAAUACUUUUGUUAUUUAUUCAUUGUUAUAUAUCCAUCGACGUAAUGCUUUCAUUUUAUUCACAGUGCAGACGUACUAUUGAAGAGUACGUGUUAUAGCGAGGAUCUAUCAGUAUACGUGUGACACACGUUAUACUGGGUGUCUAAAAAAAGAUUAUCCAAAUUUAGUGCGCUCUUGUGCCCUCAAUGUUAAGUGCACACAUUUAAUUUUUCCAUAUUAAAAUUAAUAAAAAAAUAGUCUUUUAGCUUUCGAAUGACAGCUUUCUUGUAUCAUUUCAAGCACAAUUGACCAAAUACAAGCCGAUUAAAAUUAUUUAAUGAUUUAAGUUUAUCCCAUAUGUUAUACUAAUGUUAGAACAUUUGGAAUUAAAAUUCAUGAAUUUUAGAUCCGAAUGGAAUUUUUUCGACAGCUUAUCCUAAGAGUCUAAAUUUUAUUGCUGUGUAAGAAUGUUAUCAACAAACUCAAUAUCUAACCCAUGCGAGCAUGCUAGAGUUCAAUUGCCGUUUUUUAUACACUCUGUAGUGCUUAAUUAUAUGUGCAUGGUUUUGACCUGCGAUUUUUAAUCGGCUCGUACAUUGGUCAAUUGUGAUUGGAGCUAAAAUCCUAAUUCUCAGUAAUAUUGGAAAAUUAGUUACCUGUAUGUGCACUUAAUAUUGAUGGCGGAUUACCUUUUUUAUACACCCUGCGAAGCUCACACUGUAAAUAAUCGCCCACAGCGAAGCUCCACUGUAAAUAAUCUUUAUUGUUAUCUACCAUAUUUUUGACGUUGACAGGCAGUUUCCCGAUUACAAGGCAUAUGAAACUCCAACUCUAUUUCAAUCUGACUGGUUGAAUGAGUUUUGGGAUCAAUGGACAGAUAUGAAUGAUGAUUAUAGAUUUGUCUAUAUGGGACCUCAGGGAACUUGGUAUGUAUGAGAUGAAUAAAUAAAUUAGGUUAUAUUUUUAUCCAUGUUUGUAUUUGUGUCAGUCUGCCAACCUUGUUCCCAGGCUCUCACCUCUUGUGGCGGAAAGACCCUGGUAGGAGCUGUUCACGUGAUCUACUAAAAUCUAGCAGAUAUGAUGAUGAUGAUGUAAUAUUUCAAAUCCGACUAUGAGGACUGGACUUCACCUGAGUAUCAGGCUCUAUUUUACAAAUAGUAGCCUGACACAAACCUUAAUCCUUUUUCGCUUUCCACUCACAACAAAGUUUAUAAUUAUGAUAUUUGCUGUGUUGGUGUAAUGUACUCAGGUGAAUAAGAUGUUUGUGUGAUGUUACUCUGAGUGUAUAUCCACACCGGGCAGGCUUGAAAAAUAUGCCUGGCCACGGUGGGAAUCGAACCUACGACCUUUGGAAUACUAGCCCAACGCUCUACCAACUGAGCUACGCGGUCAGGUCGGUUCGAGUAUGCGAUAUUUCGGAACUGAGUCUAGUUCCUUCGAUAUCAGUGUGGAUAUACACUCAGAGUACACCAACACAGCAAAUAUCAUGAUUAUUAGAUUACACUGAUAUCGAAGGAACUAGACUCAGUUCCGAAAUAUGGCAUACUCGAACCGACCUGACCGCAUAGCUCAGUUGGCAGAGCGUUGGGCUAGUAUUCCAAAGGUCGUAGGUUCGAUUCCCACCGUGGCCAGGCAUAUUUUUCAACUGAGCCUGCCCGGUGUGGAUAUACACUCAGAGUAACAUCACACUAAAAUAACUGCAAUCAGCGCUUGAAAAAGCUUGAUAUGACGUUUAAAUAUACAAACGUAAACGUGAUAUCGAUAAUACCGAAAAAUCGAAAAUUUCAAUAUCGAGUAUAAAUCGGUAUUUAUAAAAAAUCGAUAAUUAUCGGUAUAUCGAUAUACCGCAACAGCCUAGUAUCCAAUCAAAAUGUCGCAGGAGAAAUUUAAAUUUCACACGACGACAACAACAAUCUAAUUAUAGUUGUGAUACUAUAAAAUAUAUCAACAACAAUAGUAUAAUCUAAUUAGCACCAACCAAUCAAAUGACAGAUUAAAAAAUCUUUUGUCUCAUAGACCAAUCAGAUUUACAACCGAAAUACGGUUGUACGGCUUGGACUUUUGUUAAGAUUUGUAUCAGGCCUAUUUAUUUAUUUAUUUAUAGGCCUGAUCGCAGGUUAGACUGGACUAGAUUUCAAGACCGCGCAAUUUGAUCAAAAUGCGAGGACUUGAAAUCUUGUCCAGUCCUCAUGGUCGGAUUUGAAAUGUCAUCUCAUACGAAUAAAUCACUACUCAAAGUGAGAUGAAUUAAUUUUGAUCCAGUCCAAGGACUGAAUUAAUUUUGACCCAGUCCUAGGACUGUAACAAUAUGCUUCACCAGGUAUCCACUGUUAUCAUGUGAGCAAAAUAAAGUAAUAUGGUUGGCUAAUUUAUCUUGAAUUAUUAAUGAUAAUAAAUAUUUCAUAAAUUAUACUUUUUAUAAAUUUAUAACUUGCAUUUGUUUUGCAAGUUAUAAAGGAAUUAUAGUUAAAGGAAUCCAAGAUAGGUAAGAGCCUGGGAACGAAGUUGUCAGUCUGUGUAUGUAUUUGUUUGUCUAAGCAAUAUUAAGCAUAGUUUUCUAUAACAUUCAUUCAAUAACUUGAAACUACGAAUUAGAAGUUGAAGGAGCUCAACUAUAUCUUUACACUCACAUAUGGGUGAAUAACGUCGAGAUUUAGCCCUUUGGUUGGUCUCUUUGGACUUCUUACGGAACGCUGUUGCUUGAGCUUUCUUAGUCCUUUUCUCAUCAUCGGAAUUCCUAGUCAAUUCUUCUGCCUCAUAUUCUUUUACGACCAACCAGCCGGCUUCGCUCUUAUCAGCGAGUUUGAUUUUCUUCUGGCGUUGUGUUAACUCAGUCGGGCUUCCUCUGUAGAAUGGUUUUAGUUUCGUCCAGCGCUUCUUGAAUCUCUAUAUACGUUGAACAGAAAUUGGUCUUUCGAUUCCCUGUGAACUAUAGACUUUGUCCUUCAGACUGCCUUUCAACUGCAUGUGAACGGCCCAAAGCCUCAGCUGUUAAGUUCGUCUAUAAACUCGCAACUUUUUUUGUCGAAGUAAUGCUUGAACCUUUCGAAGACUUGCUCUGUAUAUUAUAAUGUCGCUAGAAGUAUCUGUAUGGUUUUCGCCCUCUUCUCACACAACUCAAGGUAAAGUAAACUUAGGUGUCGUCUGUGGCUUGUGUUACACGUGAUGAAUCUCCUAACUGUACACACCUGACUAUUUUUACUAUCAUGCAAAUGAACAACCUUCAUUUAUAUCACUACACUGCUUGGGGAAAAUAUAUUUCUUAGUGCCAUCUUGGCGCGUCAAUUCAAGCAUGCUUUGUUCAAAACAUGUCAGAUUUAGACUGUCAUAUAUCUGCUUAAUUACAGUUUUGAAUACGUUGGAAAGUUUGCUGGUCAUUUGGUACCAGAAAAAGUAAACACGCAGAUAGCGAGAGUACCGCGCACCUAUGUGAUUGUCUAUGCUAUAUAGGCGUCGAAAUUCGCCGGCCUGGUACUACUUUUUUGUUUUUUCUCCGCUAAGCACCACGCCGGUUGUUUCUCGAAAUUGUAACCCUAAAGUAAUCCCUUCUUACCACCAAAAUGUCAAGGGAAAUAUUUGUUGCUUUUAAAAUUAAAUUUAAACGAUGUCCUUCGUUAAAUGUUUUGGGAUAGUACGUACAAGUAUAACGAAAUGUGAGCUAUUUUAGCGAAAAUUAUCAUCUAAGCAAGCACUUUGUAUCAGUUCAUGAAAUAAUACAGAUAGAUGCAUUUCCCACUCCAACAAUAAUUUUGUUUAAAGUAAGUAUGUGUAUAUUGCCUGAUGUUAGGCAGAUACAUAAUAUUUCAAAUCCGACUAUGAGGACUGGACUAGAUUUCAAGUCCACGCAAUUUGAUACAUACGAAGAAGUCAAUACACUUAAACGGAGAUGAAUUAAUUUUGAUUCCAGUAUAGUAUCCUGUGGGCAAAAUAAAACUAAUAUGUUUCACCUUUCAAAACUAAUAGUUUUGGAAAUGCCAAUGGCAGUGUCAAUUUAGUUUCAUAAAGGUCCAACAUUUUCCAAAACAACUUCCCACAAUGGCUGGAAAUGAUAUUUCAAUAUUUCGACACCACAUAGCCGCUGGGAUUAUUUUAAGGUGCAGUGAUAACCAAUUUGUUCAGUGAUAAAUAGGAUUUGUGGUGUGAUAAAUAGGAUUUGUGCAGUCAUAAAAGAGAUUUUGUGUAGUACUUAUUUUCUUUAAUAUUUAACUAUAAGUAAUAUAUAUGCAUAAUUUAUCAUGUUUAAAUUGUUUAAAAGCACGAUAAGCACAAGGAAGCCAAUACGUUUGCCGGUUUUCACAAUAACGUUUUCAAAUUUAUAUCGAAUUUAUAUGGCCUAAUAUUCAAUCUUUCAAGAUGGGAUGUAUAAAAAAUUGUGUAUGGAAAUGCAAGAAAUCAACCCGCUCUGGAGGCUAAAAAGUACGAAAAUGUUCUGCAUAAGGACCCGCAGAUCCCCCGGUCUUUUGGAAUUCCCCAUCACCUAUAGUUGGGUCCCUUUUCUAAGGUUUCCAUUUACAAAUUCGUAAAUUUUCCUGUUUUUGAUAACUUAUAAUCUAGAGAGCUACACUCAGCGUACCUUCGCUAUGUGAAAUGCUUUUAUUUUAUGUUUUUUUGUGCGGUAAUAAAAUUUCUUUAAAAUAAUCCCUGCAUAGCCGCUUACUUCUUUCAAAAACCCUCCUACCUUAAUUUCUACUGAGGCUGUAAUAUUGGCGUACUUCCGGUACGCAAGAACGCGAAUUAUCGCACCCUGAAUGGUAGUAAAUAAUUUGUUGGUCGGCAGAUAUCAUUAAUGGUAAAAUGACAAGUAAUGUGCAAAUAAUUGAAAUAUCUCCAUGUGUGUAGCAGUUUGUUACAGAACUGUACAAAAAGGAAAUUUUUAUAACUGCACAGAAAAAAAUUGGUAGGAUGGUACAGUACCUAUUAUAUAAUGUAAAUUGACCAUUACUGUAGCUACCAAAAUAUAACAGAUGCAUCUUUAAUUAUCUAGGACCCCAUUUCAUGCCGAUGUAUUCAGGUAAGGUAAACUAUGCGCACAUACUCGAAAGGAGACUAGAGAAGAAACUAUUUAGCAUACAUAAUAUAUCACAAUAUAAUAUAAUAUAAUAUAGUAUACAAUUACUUUAUGGUUUCCGUGUUUGGAUGGCCUGAUCCAAACACGCGGGAAUUUUGCGAGAGUUAAGAGAAGAGCGCGAAACACGAGCCGAAGGCGAGUGAUUUGCGCGCUUUUAUUAACUCGAGCAACAUUCCCAAGUGUUUCGAUCAGGCCAUCCCAAACAAGGAAACCAUAAAGUAAUUGUUUUAUAAAAUAACAACAAAGUUUAAAAUUCCCGCAAAGGCACUUUAAAUUUCCGUGUUUGGAUGGCCUGAUCCAAACACGGGUUUCGACCAAUCAGAGCACGCGUUAUAUACAUGUUAUUUUAUUAUAUAUAUUUACAAUUUGUUGAUGCAAGAUAAGUUAACUUUUCUAUUUUAACAUGUGUCUAAAGAAGUAAUACAGGAAGACGAAUAUUUGCCAAAUUUCUAUCUUAAAAUCUAUAGUUGAAGUUAAUUAAACAAUUAUACUGUAGGUUUUGCUUUUUUCUUGAAAGUGUCAUAGCUAGUAAGACCUUUAAUAUCCUUUAGUAUUUUGUUUUAAUAUUUACAUAUCAACCAUGGACUCCUAUAGAACUCAAUUAUGAUCAAUAAGUAUAACAUUUUUUAGGUCAUACAGUUGGUCAGCCAAUAUCUGUGGGCAUAAGAAAUGGAUCCUCUACCCUCCAGGAUCUGAGAAAUAUUUGAAGGAUAAUCAUGGCAACCUUGUGUUUGAUAUCACGUCUUCUCAAAUACAAGACACAAAGAAAUUUCCACAUUUUCAUAAAGCACCACAACCAAUAGUUGUCAACCAAAAAGAAGGAGAAAUUAUAUUUGUUCCAAGGUGUAGUGUACAUCAUACAUGCGUGGUCCUGCAUUUGAUGGAUUGCACAGAAAGCCAAAACCAGUGCAAUUACAAAAUGGUUAAAAUGCUACAACGCUUUUAUAAGGCUGUUUUCCAGCUUUGAGCAUAUAUGGUUAUCCUGACUUACAAAGUGCUAUUUGCAACUCAAAUCCAAGUUGAAGCUUAAAUUCCAUUCCCAGCUCAAAUUUGAUUUCCAGCUCAAAUCCACCUCAAAGUCAAUUUCCAGCUCGAACGCAUAUCAAACGAUAUGGCAAGUUUAAAUCCGGAAUUUUACCCCAAAUUUUAGAGGAUGGACAAUACAUUUGAAUGCAAUAAGUUCUAAUAAGUUCUUUUUAGUUUUGCAUUGCGAAUGGAAUGAUACUCUGCAUGGCGGCAAGAUGUAGCCUACAAGUGGGCUUCUACUUUGUAUUUUAUUUAAGUAAACUCUUAUGUCCAUAUGAACUUUCAGUUUUCACAUUUUAGUUGUUGGCAUCACCAAGUGAUUAACAUGGUAAGAGGAUUAUUAUAUAAUUUUAAAAUGCUAAAUAUAGCUAAUAGCAUAUGGUUUCAAGUGCAAUUCGGACAAGAAUAUGCACUAUUUCUUUUUUUGGCACUGUAUUUCGAUAAAUUGCACUCUUCUUAGCCGUUGUGUAUUAUUUAUAUUCUGACUCAAUCGUUGAUUUUCGAGAAAAACAAUUGUCACUACUAAUGACUUUUCCUUUCAGGAAGACACAAUAUCAAUCAAUCAUAAUUGGAUAAAUGGUUCUGGAGUUCUUCAAUCCUGGCAACAUCUAAAGGGUGAAUUACAUUUGGUACGAUAAUAGUAAGAAUGUCAAACCAGUUUAAAUCAGAGAUAGACUGAGAUAUGCAAGUAUUUCCCUACUAAUUUAAAGUUGAAUUUGUUGUAUAAUGAACUUCAAGGUAAAACGUAGCAUUGAGGAUUGUAAAGAAAUGGAAGGAUGGGAUAAACAAUGUCAG